AUGGAAGCCUCGCUUGUCAAGCUCGCCGAAGCUAUCUCUAGACUGCCAGAUGGCCGCUUAGCUGGUGCGCGGACAGGGCCACUCGGACAACAUCUCUGGGCCUCCCUCGACAACACCGGCACACCACGAUAUCCCGAGGAUGAAGAGGGUCCAUACAAAGCCUUCAAUAUUGGAUGGGAACGCGCGUUUCGCAUUCCUCCAGGCCGUGAUUGCUCAUCACUCUUCCCUCUUGUUUGCCAAGGGAAGUAUGGGUUGAUUUUGGCUCAUAACUGGGCCAAGCAUUACGCAUCGUUGGUCCAAGACAUGGAUGUGAAGAUGAUCCAGCUUCGCGUAGAUCAGCUUCUUGAUUUGAUUAGUGCUGCUUUGAAAGCGCACAUAUCAGACGUCUCAGAGAACCACAAUCUGGGACACAGCAAAGACAGCGUCUUGCAGGAAGAUGGAGAUGCGACCGAAGCUGAGCUUCCAACCGGUGAAAGCAAGAAGCGCAAGAAGAAGGAUUCCGGGCAGGAGACUCACAAGGUCAUUAAUUUAGACGCACACGAACCCGCAACCGCUUCCCAAACCACCAAAAAACAGCGUAAAAAGCACCGCACCAAGUCCCCGGACGCGUCAAAUGAUGACACAUCGAACGAGACGACACAGGCGCCAGCUAAAAAAGCACCAGCUAAAAAGAAGGCAGCUAAAAAGAAGACGGUUGUGGUGGACUCCGUGAGUGCCUCAUUGAUCAUUGCUGGCGGACCAUUGAUGUCCUCGAAGUCAUCCUCCAGCUCCGAGGACGAGGAUGACAACAGUCCAGCUCGGACAAGCAACAAACUUACUUGGGCACUGUCCCAAUAUCUCACUAAGGAAGCCAAGUCGGUGCAGAAGGGCGAGAAACGAGUGUGGAAGGUUUUCUGUCGGUAUUGCAACAAGUAUCGCACAACACUGCGCACCAAGGGUGUCCAGAGCUUUGCUGAUGAGACCCUUCCGCUCUCAACUCCCAGCAACUGGAUCUCACAUGCUCUGGAAUGCACGCGACACCCGGUUAAUCAAUCCUUCGAGACUUUUCAGUCAAUCGCUCGCAACAGCGGCACUAUGCCAGCUUCGGAUGUCACCGCAAGCGACCAGACAAACAAGAUCAUGACCGCGUUUCUUCAGCGAGGCCGUGAGCAGCCUGAAAGCCAGUCAAAGGCCAAGGUCACGAAGCCUGGCUAUCGCGAGCGUGUCGUUGUUGCUGCUGUCACUGACGACAUGGUCUAUUCUUUCACCGAGAAGCCCGGCAUGCAGCGCUUACUUGAAUACAUACUUCCUGAGAAUAUUCCGGCCACAAUCUCUCAUCAAACUAUCAGCCGUGAUGUCGAAUCGCUUCAUAAAGCCUUGGCGAAAAAAUUACAUCUCAUGCUGCAGGAAAACGAUUCACAAAUCAGCAUUGCUUCCGACAUUGUGACAACACGGGGAAUGGUCCAUUCAUUUUGCGGUAUUGUUGUGUCCUUCAUCGAUAAGGACUGGGUCCGCCACGAAUAUGUACUGGAUCUGAUCCCACUCAAUGGCGAUCAUUCGGGGAAGACCGUCGGCCGACUAAUCUACAAACACCUUCACCGUGCCGGGAUUGUGACCAAAAUGAUUGCUUCCGCGGCCAACAAUGCGUCAAGCAACGGUCCCAUGAACGAGGAAGUUGUUCGUCGUUGCUGCAAGGCCCUUCCGGAUUUUACCAUGUCCUUGGAGACCCGGAAUUUCCAGAUCGGAUGUGGGGGUCACGUAACAAACCUUGUUGCUCAAAAAAUCGACUCCGUUCUUGGACUCUGUGUGGCCCCCGAGGUCGAAGAUCUCUAUGAUGAGAUCCGUUCCGAACCACUCUUCUACGACAUUGAACAGGAUCCAGUAGCUCUCGAGGAACAGCGAGUGAUGGAGCAGGAGACUAUGGCGGGGGUUGAUCCGGAUGAGUGCGAUAGCGAGGAUGAGCAGAUCGAGUUAGAGGAUGAGUCUACAUCUGAGCUCGAAAGCGAAGAGGAAUGGGAGGAUGAGGAGAACGGGACUAUUCAUUCAGCAGCCGUUUACAUUCUCUGUUCGGAAAUUCGACGCAAAAAAGACCGUAGAUUCAUCCGUCGAAAGGUACAACGGAAGUACCGACACCUUGUAUUUGUUCGAAGCAUGCGGGUUCGCUGGAACACCCGUUUGGCUGAGCUCCGGCGGGCUUACCUGCUUCGAGCGGUGUUUGAUUAUUUCGUGGAGCGCAUGGGUGAUGGCUUCACUGGAAAGGCACUCGCGGCAGCCCAACGCAAAAUCAAGAAGUGGAGAAUGGACUUGUAG